AUUUGAACUCGGUGGUCACUAGUUACCACAGCCACAAACCUCGCCCAUUUAUACAAUUUUCUUCUUAAAAUUUGGAUUUUAGACCUAACCUUAUCCAGACGGUUAACCGUAUGCCUAACAAUAACUCUUAAUUAACACCCCAAAUCACAUUUUAGUUUUUAUAUAUUUUACUAUAUAGUUGAAACACUUGUUGGACUCCCGUUUGCAUUGCGUGUGUGCGUCACAGCUGUGCCACCCCAAAGUCAUUCCAGUUUUCUAGUGUAGCUAGCUAGCUAAGUAAUCUGGAUUGACAAGAAUCUAGAAUGUCACAUAGAACAUUUGAGGACGUGAAGGACGUCAUUCUAUCAGCCCACAAAAACACAGAGGCCGGGGACAAAGUCGGCUUCUACAACACCUGGGCAGAGAACUAUGACCAGGACGUGGGUCUUCUGGACUAUCGUGCGCCGAGUCUGGCGGCAAACUGCCUGUCCCCCUGUUUCCAUGGCGACCGGGUGACAGCAGUGAUUCUGGACGUGGCCUGUGGCACUGGAUUGGUUGCAGCACAGCUGAAGAGGAUGGGCUUCAGGCAUUUUGUGGGCGUUGAUGGGAGCAAAGGCAUGUUGGAACUGGCCAAUAAGACGGGCCUCUACCAGGACCUCAAGCAAUGCAUGCUGGGAGACGAACCACUUCCUGUCCAAGCGGGGCAGUUUGAUGUGGUAGUGAUUGUUGGGGCGCUAAGUGACGGUCAGGUGCCAGUGAAAGUCAUCAGAGAGCUGUGCCAGGCCACCAAACCAGGUGGUUACGUCUGCAUGACAACCAGAGGUAACCAUGACAACCUGGAGUACAAGGCUGCGCUGGAGCAUGAGCUGGCGCUGAUGGAGGGGGCGGGGCUCUGGGGUCACGUGGCGAUCACAGAGGUGGAGGACUGGGAGAAAGCCGUAGCGGAGCCGGAGAAGGGGUACAUACCUGGAGUGGUGUAUGUUUACAGGAAGUCAUCACAGUGACAUUAUCACAAACACUUUUGUUUUGCCAAAAUAAUUUCCAUGUAAAUUAUUUGUCCAUGUAAAUGGACAAUAAAGUAUAUUGUAUCGUAUCACAUUGACCUCAUCACAGUAACAGACCUGUAACAACCCUGUACAGUAACACCUGUACAGUAACACCCCAGUACAGUAACACACCUGUACAGGCCAUAACAGUGACAUCACAGUAACACCCCUGUAUAGUAACACACCUGUACAGUCUGUGACAGUGGCGCCCUACAUUGGCAUUGAGCGGCCAUCUUUGAAGGCAGCUUCUAUUCCAAAGAUAAAGAUGCCUAGAAAAUGCUUAUCCAAUAGAAAUCCCCUCAAACACGCUUGUAGACAAUGUUAUGGCGACGUUAGCUAGUGAAGAUCAUCCACAGAAAAAUGAAAUCAGGGCUAACGUUCGUGUUGUUCCGAACUGCGCCAUUUUAGCUAGUGGCCAUUACAGAAUGUCUAUAUACCAAAUAUUGAAAGAAUCUGAGUUACGGUUCAUGAGAAGAAGAAUUUUAAAGUAAUUUAGCAUUAGCUUUAUGCUAGCCCUUUUUUGUCAAACUUCAACGACCUGUGUUGUCUUUGGAGAUAUCAACAACAAACGUAUUUAAUUAUGAUCAAUCAUGUACAAGUUGUAUUUGAUAGUUUGACUGAUAUAACAAAAUAGCCUGGAUUUAUAGGCAUCAAAGUUUGUGAGAAGUUGUCGUCAGCCAAGCCAGUUGUAGCUUCAGAAGUUGUAGUAGAGUCUUCGUCAGACAAGCCAGUUGUAGCUUCAGAAGUUGUAGUAGAGUCUUCGUCAGACAAGCCAGUUGUAGCUUCAGAAGUUGUAGUAGAGUCUUCGUCAGACAAGCCAGCUGUAGCUUCAGAAGUUGUAGUAGAGUCUUCGUCAGACAAGCCAGCUGUAGCUUCAGAAGUUGUAGUAGAGUCUUCGUCAGACAAGCCAGCUGUAGCUUCAGAAGUUGUAGUAGAGUCUUCGUCAGACAAGCCAGCUGUAGCUUCAGAAGUUGUAGUAGAGUCUUCGUCAGACAAGCCAGUUGUAGCUUCAGAAGUUGUAGUAGAGUCUUCGUCAGACAAGCCAGCUGUAGCUUCAGAAGUUGUAGUAGAGUCUUCGUCAGACAAGCCAGCUGUAGCUUCAGAAGUUGUAGUAGAGUCUUCGUCAGACAAGCCAGCUGUAGCUUCAGAAGUUGUAGUAGAGUCUUCGUCAGACAAGCCAGCUGUAGCUUCAGAAGUUGUAGUAGAGUCUUCGUCAGACAAGCCACCUGUUGCUUCAGAAGUUGUAGUAGAGUCUUCGUCAGACAAGCCACCUGUUGCUUCAGAAGUUGUAGUAGAGUCUUCGUCAGACAAGCCACCUGUUGCUUCAGAAGUUGCUCAAGUAAAGUUGCAUGAGUAAUGCAGAGUAAUUCUGGAGGUGGACACGGUGAGAUGCAAGUCAGACAAUUUUGUAUCCCCAAAAUGCAACAUACAUUGAAAAUUGGUGAUCAAUGGAAUCGGGGUAAGAGCAUUUCUUUUGUAUCGUUGUUGAUAAUGUUUCUUUAACUAUUUGUAAUCGUAUACUGUCUGGUUUUUUUUUUCGGUUUUUUUUUCAUAAGGUAGUCAUUUAUGAGCCUUGAGCUGUUGUAAUCAUCAUGUAUGUCAAUUGUCUUUAUUGGUGUUUAAACUCAACCAAAUAAAAUCAAAUGUUUUUAUAAA